AUGAUGCGCAGCUACGUCCUCAUCUCACUCGGAGCUCUAGCAUCGGCAGCGACGUUUGACGUCAACGUUGGCCAGAAUGGCUUUACGUAUUCUCCCGACACUGUCCACGCCGCCGUCGGCGACACCGUCAACUUCCACUUCUACCCGGGAGGGCACACUGUCACGCAGUCGCCUUUCGACACUCCAUGCCAGCCUGUCUCGGGGAAUGCUAUCAACUCUGGCGUUAUAAACUCGAACUCGGGACAGGCGAGCACCAUGUUCUCCAUGAGAGUGAACACCACCGACGCGAUAUGGCUGUAUUGUGGUCAAGUCGGGCAUUGCGCCACAGGAAUGGCCAUGGUGAUUAACCCACCGUCUAACGGUAACACUCUUGCCGCUUAUCAAAAGGCCGCCAGCGGCCAAUCGGGCCAAAUCCCGUCCAGCGUCUUCGGGGGCGUCAUCGUCGCCAACGUGGAUAAUGCUGGCGCCAGUGCCAGUUCCAGCUCUUCAGGUUCGGCGUCUUCCUCCAGCUCCAGCGCCUCCGGAUCUUCCUCGUCUGCAACAAACUCCGCCACCACCACCGCGACCACCACCACUGUCGCAGCAAUGACGACCAGCACAGGCGCCUCGGCUCAGUCCACCAGCAAUGCCGCAUCUUCAAAUUUUGGCGUUAUGAGGUUGGAAUGGUCCCUUGUGGGCACCUUGUUGGCUCCGGCUGUCGCUUACCUGUUCUCAUGA